AUGGCAUCAGCCCAAGGCACCUGCAUCGCACUCACUGAAGAUGAAAUCGUCAGGAACUUUGUGAACAUCUUGGACUCUACCAACAAUAUCCCUGUGAGGCCAUUCGGUGGGAGCGGGAGGGAACACCAGGGGGUGCCAGAGGCCGGAGCCACUCGGUCUCAUCGGCUACAGGUUUCCAGUUUUCUCAGACAGGGGGUCCUCAUUCAGGGUCAGAACUUUGCUCCUUGGGGGGAAGAGAAGCUAAAGUCAUGCCACUGGCUACAACUGAAGGCGGCCAACGGGCUAGAAAUACCAUAUGUAGGUUAUCUUGAGCUUGACGUUGAGCUUUGCGACAAGGCCCCCAGUCCACUCCAACAAGCCCUACAGCAGUGUCACCAAGCCCAGGCCACUGCACCCCCUGAACACUCAGGCAGAGCUAGAGUGAAGGGUAGGCGGGUUUUUAGAGUUCCUGGCGGCAGCAUGAAGCUAGUGGCUGCCACCUGCUUCCAGCAGCAUUUGAGCAAUGAUGUCUUGUUCGAACCUCUGAGUGACGGGUUACCUGCAGGUUUACUGGCCUCUCCAGCUCUCGUUCGACCAACAAGGGGUACAGUGUACAUUCCGAUUGUCAAUGUAGGAGGUAGUGAUGUUGUGCUUUACCCGAGGACUGUGAUAGGCUCGAUAAGUCAUGCCAAGGUAGUGAGUUUGCCCACCGGGGUCACGGAGAUUGAGGGACUUACCUCGGCUAGAGUGUCUUCUCAGACAAUCUCCGGCUCAGUGCAGGAGAAAAUUAAUGCUGUUGAUUUGUCGGCCCUGUCAGAGCAUGAUCAGUGUCAGGUUAGAGCCCUUUUGCAGGAACACAGCAGUGUAUUUUCAGCUCAUGAUGGAGACUUAGGCUGUACUAACCUGAUUUCUCACGAUACUUUACUGGAUGAGACACCAAUACGACAGAGGUAUAGGCGCAUUCCUCCCUCAGAGUAUGAUGCUGUUAAAGCCCAUAUUCACCAGCUUCUCGAGUCACAUGUUAUCAGGGAAAGUAACAGCCCCUUCGCUUCUCCCAUAGUCCUCGUCAGGAAGAAGGAUGGCACUCUUCGGCUGUGUGUGGACUACAGGCUGCUUAACAGCAAGACACGGAAGGAUGCCUUCCCCCUGCCCAGGAUCGAGGAGUCCUUGGAUGCCCUCUCUGGAGCUCGCUGGUUCUCCACCCUAGACCUGGCUAGUGGGUACAAUCAAGUGCCGGUAACCGAGAAGGACAAAAUGAAAACUGCUUUUUGUACACCAUUUGGCCUUUUUGAAUGGAAUAGAAUGCCUUUUGGACUUUGCAAUGCACCAAGUACAUUUCAGAGGCUCAUGGAAAGGAUUUUUGGAGCUCAAAAUUACCAGUCCUUGUUAUUAUACCUCGAUGACAUUGUUGUUUUCUCUUCCACGGUAGCCCAACACAUGGAGCGUCUCGAUUCAGUGCUGGGACGGCUGAAGCAAGAGAAUCUCAAGGCAAAGCUGGAGAAAUGCUGCUUCUUCAAGGAGGAGGUUGGUUACCUAGGCCAUGUGAUCUCGAAAGAGGGGGUGGCUACCGAUCCUCGUAAGAUUGAAACAGUCUCCAGCUGGAAAAGGCCCACUAAUGUCACUGAGUUGCCGUCAUUUUUGGGGUUUGCCAGCUACUAUAGACGUUUUGUUGGUGGUUUCGCUAAGCUGGCAGCCCCUCUUCACCGGCUGGUCGCUGAGUUGAGAGGCACAAAAAAACGCAGAAAAUCUGAGCAGCCUCUAAUGGCUGCAUGGACUGACCAGUGCGAAGAGAGCUUUGAAGGUCUCAAGCGCCACCUUGUGGAGGCUCCAGUGCUGGCCUAUGCCAAUUUUUCGCUGCCCUUCAUCCUGGAAGUGGAUGCCAGCCACAGCGGGUUGGGAGCUGUUCUUUCCCAGGAGCAGGACGGUAAGGUUCGGCCAAUAGCAUAUGCCAGCCGUGGCCUUAGGCCAACAGAACGUAAUAUGAACAAUUACAGUUCUAUGAAGCUUGAAUUUUUGGCUCUUAAAUGGGCCAUGACUGAAAAGUUAGAGUAUCUGUUGGGUCAGAAAUGCAUCGUCUAUACUGACAAUAACCCCCUAAGUCACCUCUCGACAGCAAAGUUGGGUGCUGUGGAACAACGUUGGGCAUCAGAACUCGCCAACUUUGAUUAUGUCAUCAAGUACAGACCUGGAAAAAGUAAUGGAAAUGCUGAUGCCCUAUCACGACAGUACUUACCUGCAUCAGUCACAGCUGACAAUCUGGCACCUGGCACCCGUCUUCCACAGGCCAUCCAGGGAGUAUCAAAUCCAGUGCCCGAGGUAACUCAGAAUACCAUAUCUGUAUUUCCAAGUCAUUCUGUUACUGAUCUCCAUGCUCUACAGGCAGCUGACUCUGUAAUCCGUGACUUCUUGAUGUUUUGGACUCGCAUGAGGGCCCCAGACGCAGCAGAGCAACGUGCACUGUCCAAACAGGCCCUAGCAUUGGUAAAACAGUGGGAUCGGAUUGUGGAGCAAGAUGGAGUGUUAUACCGUAAGGUCUUCCAACCCGACGGGGAUGAGGUACUCCAGCUGGUCCUGCCCUCCUCACAGAAAACCCAGGUGUUGCAUCAGCUACACAAUGAGCAUGGCCACCAGGGGGUGGAUCGGACCACCAGUUUAGUGUGGCAGAGGUGCUACUGGCUGGGCCUGCACCAGGAUGUCAAGCGCUGGUGUCAAGAGUGUGAAAGGUGUCAGGUCGCCAAGGACACUCGGCCAACAGUUCGCACCUUCAUGGGUCAUCUCCUCGCUGCUCGUCCAAACCAGAUCCUGGCAGUGGACUUCACCUUGUUGGAGCCUUCUAAAAAUGGCAUGGAAAAUGUGUUGGUAAUGACAGAUGUCUUUUCUAAAUACACUCUGGCAGUCCCCACUAAGGACCAACGUGCAACAACUGUGGCCAAAAUAUUAGUAAACGAGUGGUUCUGCAAGUUUGGUGUGCGCCGCAUUCACUCCGACCAGGGUCGAAAUUUUGAGAGUGAUUUAAUCCAACAGUUGUGCACCUUGUAUGGCAUCAAAAAGACUCGCACUACACCCUACCAUCCUGAAGGAAAUGGCCAGUGUGAGAGGUUUAAUAGGACCCUGCACGACCUUCUUCGCACAUUGCCUACAAUAAAAAAGAGAGACUGGUCAUCUUAUCUGCCUCAAGUGGUGUUUUCGUACAACACAACAGUUCAUCAAUCCACUGGUGAGUCCCCAUUCUUCUUAAUGUUUGGUCAAGAUCCCCUGUUACCUGUUGACUUUCUUCUAGGAAGAGCCCCAGUCCCAGUGGCAGGAAGUACACAAGACUGGAUUGUGGAGCAUCAAACCAGGCUCCGGCUGGCUUUUGAAGGAGCCACAGAGCAUCUGCAAGCUGCUGCAAACCGUCGCAAAACACGUCAUGAUGCAAAGGUGAGGGAUUCCUCCCUGCAAGUUGGACAGCUGGUGUACCUCAAGGACGUGGGCAUCAGGGGUCGCCAUAAGAUCCAGAAUGUGUGGAGCUCUGUAUUGUACGAGGUUGUGAAGGUCCCCCAGGGAGGUGGAUCUGUUUACACCGUUGCUCCAUUGGAUGACCCCAGUUAG